GAAUUCCACCGCCUUCCUGACGCCAAUGGCGCAGGACACGUAUUGGGGCUCCUUCGAGGAGAUCUCAAAGUACAAUGUCCAGCUCAACUACUUCGAGAAGAUGUGGCUCGCAUGGUACACAUGGAUGGGCAACGACGUCCUGGCAACGGGUAUCAUGUCUUUUGUCAUCCAUGAGGCAUUCUACUUCGGGCGCUCGCUACCCUGGAUCAUCGUCGACACCAUUCCGUACUUCAGGCGGUACAAGCUUCAACCGGCAAAAAUCCCCACCGCUUGGGAACAGCUGCAAUGCGCCCUCCUCGUCCUCGUUUCCCACUUUACUGUCGAGCUCCCUCAGAUCUGGCUCUUCCACCCUAUAUGCCAGUACUUUGGUCUCGGCACCUCUGUCCCGUUCCCCAGCCUUUUCACAAUGGCCUACCAGAUUGCCAUCUUCUUCGUCCUCGAGGACGCCUGGCACUACUGGAUGCACCGCCUCAUGCACGCAAGCUCGUUCCUCUACAAGAACAUCCACAAGAUUCACCAUCAGUACUCGGCUCCGUUCGGCCUCGCCGCUGAAUAUGCCUCCCCCAUCGAGGUCAUGGUGCUUGGUUUUGGAACCGUCAGUGCACCCAUCAUAUGGUGCGCCAUCACCAAGGAUCUUCACAUUUUGACCAUGUACACUUGGAUCGUGCUCCGUCUGUUCCAGGCCAUCGAUGCGCACAGCGGUUACGAGUUCCCCUGGAGCCUGCACCACUUCCUGCCCUUCUGGGCUGGCGCUGAACAUCAUGAUGUGCACCACGAGAAGUUUAUUGGAAACUAUGCGAGCAGCUUCAGGUGGUGGGACUUCUGCCUUGACACCGAGGCUGGUGCCGAGGCCUCCAAGAAGAGAAGGGAAAAGAAGAUUGCCAAGCUCAGGAAGGCUCAGUAAAUCAACGGGAAGAUGAAUCGAACGACAAGAUACUGAUAUCAACCCGUGAAACUGCCAAAAGUCCGAUGGUUUGAGCCAUCGUGGGACUACUCACCACUCACCCCAUAUAAGGUCCGAGCUCUGAGUGGAAACCGGAAUCGGCGUUUGGGUAGAUGGGCAGCGGCUGGCAUGCCCUUUGGCAGGAAUACUAGAAACUAAUGACCCGUGGUAAUGGGUGGCAGGGGAACUUGUAUAUAUAGGAGGGGUCUUCAUAGAAUCACUAUACCUAAUAACUAUCACGG